AUGAACGAGACGGCAUGGUUGGAUCGGGUAUUUUCGAAUACGUCCCUGGGACAUAGAUUACUGGAACGUCUAACCCUCACGAAUCUUCGUCACGCUUUCUACCUAAUUUCUCCCUAUGAAACGACAGUGGAUAAAAUCGAAGACGUCCCAAAUUACAAUGCAGAAGUGUCCGCGUGGUGGCUGGCGUUUUUAACUGCCGAAUUUGUUAUCCUUUUUAUAUCUGGACAUGAGGACCGAUUCGCUUUAAAUGACUCUAUAACAUCAAUAUGCGCCGGAAUGCUCAGUCAGUGUUUCAAAUUCGGUGGCCGCGCAGUCGCCAUCUUCCUGUAUGUCUUGGUAUGGGAUAACUGGCGGAUUCUGGAACUUCCUUGGGAUUCACCAUGGACAUGGAUCCUUUGCCUGUUUUUCCAAGAUUUUAUGUAUUAUUUGGGACAUCGAGCGGUGCAUGAAGCCGGAUUUUUCUGGGGCCUUCACACAAUUCACCAUAGCUCUGAAUACUAUAAUUUCUCCACUGCUCUCCGUCAGGCUGCAAUUCAAGACGCCGGAUUAGCUAUUUACGAUUGCCUACAGGCCUUUUUCAUUCCACCGGCAAUAUUUUUGGUCCAUCGUUAUUUUUCAGAAAUCUUUCAGUUCAUUAUGCAUACCUCGCUCGUUGACACUAUGGGUCCACUCGGCUUGGUUUUUAACACCCCAUCUCAUCACAGGGUCCAUCACGGUCGAAACCCAUAUUGUAUUGAUAAGAAUUACGGUGGAGUGUUUAUCAUUUGGGAUAAGAUGUUCAACACCUUCGAAGCAGAAAGAUCUACGGACCCACCGAUUUAUGGGCUUAUCACCAAUGAAAAUUCAUUUAAUCAAAUUUAUUUGCAAUUUCACACAUUAUGGGACCUCUUUCUUUUGAAGGGAUUCAUGAAGGACAAAAAAGGGGAGCCACUUUUUCCAGGGAUAGUUAAUAAAAUUAAGGCCAUAAUCUACCCACCCGGCUGGUUUCCCGGUGUCUCUGUGACUCCAUUCUUCCACUGGAUGUCUAUGGUUGACCCCUCCCACAAGGUUCCAGAACCUUCGAAACCCGUUGUAAAAUAUUCUCCACCUGCCAGAAUUAUCGUCAAAGUUUAUGUUGCUGUCUCUUUCAUUCUUCUAUUGGCAAUUUUCUUUCAUUUCGAAUACGAUCGAAUUAAUUUGAGUUAUCUGGAAUGUUCGGUGAAAAUCGCGUAUUUUGUGGUGACGAUGCAAUGUUUUGGAGCGUUUUUUGAUAUGAAAUGGUACGCCCGUUAUAUCGAAAUCGCUCGUUGCUGUGGUGUCCUUGGCUACUACGCCUUCCUCAUGUUCGACCAUAUCGGCGCAGGAACCCAUCGUCUUUUUGUGAUUUCUCUCCAUAUCAUGGCUAUAUUGUUAUGGACCACGGAUAUUCUAAUAGAGAAGUUCUCCAAAUGUUGCUGCCACAAAAACAAUCAAUCGAUAGCUCCGGAAAAAUCGAUAGUAGACGCCAGAGACUUGGAACGGGCCAACAACGAAAUUAAGACGAUCUCGAAAUGUGUUGAAUAA